AUGGGCGACGGUUCUGACUAUCCAAGUCCCAGAAGCGAAGGUGCUGGUGGUUCGACAGCUGUUCUUGUCGCUACCCAGGAUCCUCUUGUCGCUGUUCCGAAAAUGAACGAUCAGCUCUCUCCCAGUUUCAUGGAAGGGGCACGUCCGCGACUGUCGGUGAGACGGGCGCGCGAUCCGCCCAAGAACGCCGUCGGUCAGAUUUAUUGUGACCAUGCAGAGUGUCAACCUACUCCCCCGACUUUUCGACGUCCUUGCGAAUGGAACAAACAUAUGGACAAGCACGACCGUCCUUACAAAUGUAUGGAGCCUGGAUGUGACAAGAUUCAAGGCUUCACAUACUCUGGUGGCCUUCUGCGACAUCAACGGGAGGUGCAUAAGAAGAACGUCAACGCCAAGAAGCCACUUAUGUGCCCAUACCCCGACUGCAAUCGCAGCACAGGAAAUGGGUUCACGCGUCAAGAAAACCUGAAGGAGCAUCUCCGCCGACGCCACAUGCAUACGGAGAACGGACACGCCCCAGAUCUGGCGAUCGUGCCAUCGCCUGAUUUGGAUGGCGCCACCUCGCUACAACCUGUGAAGCGGAAGCGUGAAUCGCUCGAGGACGACCCCACCGCUAUCGCGUUUCCGGAUGACGAAGACAAUGUGGUUGAUUUACGGGGUGAACUCAAGCGACUGCGACGCGAAGUCCAGGAAAAGGAUCUCCGGCUUCAGGAGCUCGAGCGCGUUGUAAACGGGUUGCAGUCGCUCAUACCACCACAGCCCCAGACUGCUGCCUCGCAGGGAUAA